AUGCAGCACCCACCACCACCACCAACUUCGCCAGCUUUAUUCGAUUCUAUGCCGUGCCGCGUGAAGUUCGUGGUAGCUGAGGACAUCGCAGCAGUCGGGCAUCGCUCCACGCCGUACGCACGAGGUUUCAGUAAUCAGGUAUUUGGUAUCAAAGUGACACUUAACAUUGUCAGUCUGGCUGGACCCAGAAGAGGUCACGGCAGUAAGAUACGCAGUAGUGCGGUUAAAGACUCUGGUCUCGAACCUGGUACCACCAGCAGGAAGGCAGUCGUCACUACUAGCAACAGUGGGAGACCAGCUCCAGGCUGCCGCUGUUUACCGCCCGCGUGCCGCAAACACAUCUCCAAAAUUCUCUCUGUGUUGACUCGCCGGCUGAGGUUACGCCGCUACACCAGGCUAGGCGCUGGCGGCGGACCGGGAAUUCAUUUACGCGUGGAGGAGGCGUCUGAGAACGAGACUUCGUGCACCAUCUUGGUGCCAACCGAUUGCAGUGACGGACGACCAUCGGACACGGAGGAGCUUUUGGGUCGCCAUGAUUACAGUGCCGCCAGCGAUAAAGAUAUAUGCGAGGAGGGACGGAGGCAGCAGCAGCAGCAACAACAGCAACAGCAGCAGCAACAACAACAGCCGAACAACGCAAAGAACAGCGUUCACAGCUCCGAGAGAGGACAACUUAACUUCGAGGAGUUUGAAUGUGACCUGUCUGUGGAGGGCGGUGUUGACUUGGGAGGUCAGGAACGGCAGGAGUUUUCUUUUACCCUCUAUGACUUUGAUGGACAUGGGAAGAUUACAAAAGACGACAUUGCUGGUUUGGUGACAACAAUUUAUGACACCUUGGGUUCAUCCAUCAAAGUUCCACAUUAUGGCAGCAAGACGAUAAAGGUGAAGCUGACAGUAUCUCCGGAUCAGCGAAAGAAAGAUGUUGCUCAAGAUGCUGUGCCUGCAGGAGGUGAUGUGCCCAAUAACAACAGCUACAAUAAUGUCAAGUGCAACAGCACCUACCCAGGGGCUGGGGGCCCAUCUCCCCAUCAGGGGAGUUCCACCCACAGAGUGAAGUUCAAACGUGACUUAAAUGUGACGAUAAGGGAAUCUCAUAUGCCUCGAAGACUGCAUCGGAGAAGAAGAUGCAGUGGUGGGAGCGGGACUGCACCUGUGUCAGAGGACAAGUAUGCAAAUAGCUGCAGUAGUAGUUGUAGAAGUGCUGCUAGUGAGAAUAAUGAUGAUGGGGCAGCUGACAUCUCUGAGGAUGACAAUGACGAAGAGCUUGCACCUGAAGACAUGCCUACGGAUAGGGAACUGGGAUCCCAGCACUCUCCACCUAAGGCUAGUCAAGAAAAUGGAAGGACACAUGCAAGGCGGUAUCAGCAGCAUACACCUGCCCGUUAUCGGCAUCAACAUGGUGUCUACUGCCCAGGGGAGACUAACACCCCUCAGCUGCUGCGCCAACGCAGUAAGAAACGUUCAAGCUCUCUACAACGGGAGGAGCUGCUGCAGAUCAUCCAGGCCAAUAUGGAGAAGAACAAUUUAAGUUUUCAAACCUCAAGGAAACAGUGUGGCAACCGAGGAGGCCCAGGAGAUCGUCAUUCUCACUAUCGAAACCGACACAAGCUAUUGCAGCAGCGUGAAAAUGGAGUAGCAGCCCAAACACAACUUCACUGUCUUGCAAAUGUGGAGGAUUAUCCCAGUUUCUCGCAGGAUCCUCGCAGUAACUAUUAUUUGGAUUUAGCAGGGUUUGAACCUUUUCGGACAUUUGGAAAACCACAGCGUUGUCACUAUGACCAGGACUGCCAUUAUGAUAAGUUCCUGGGUGCUGUAGUGUGUGCAUCAUCAAAACACGCAAGUAUGGGUUACCACCAGCCUUGUCGAACCAGAGGACAUAACAGAUCAAGAUCUCAUGAUCUGUCCCAUGCUGCAAAUUCAUUCCAGUACCAUUUGCUGGACACAUCGAAUGAACCUCCUCCCCGUUCAUACAUGGAGGGUGGAACCCCACAUGGCUACCACCAUGCCAGGCUUGGUCAUCAUGCACGAUCGAAGUCACAUGAGGCAGAAUAUGAAAGCUUGGAGCAGCACCGAAUGCCACCAUAUCGACAACAGGAACUCAAGUUUCCGCCCAUUGUACUUGGUCAUUCCUCCUCCCCACAUCACCUGAAGCAUAGAAAUCGUGAGCAGGAUCAGGCACGGGCAAUGAAACAGGUUGUGCGCUGGCUAGAACAAGAAUUUUCCUCCAGCCUAAACACUACAGAAAAACUCAAUGCCAAGAAUGCUGCCACGAAUGAAACUAAAACACCACCCAAAACCCCAUCCAGAAAUGUGAAACAGCCACAUAGUCAGAUGCCCGAAUCUCCCAAGAGGGAUGAAACUCCAAACAGUCCAAGUGCUUCAUCGUCAGUGGAGAGACACGAACAUCAUCAUGUACAUGAGCACAUUCAUCAUCAUUAUCAUCAUUAUCAGGAUACACCAGUACUUGUCUGAGUGAUGGUCUAAAGACUUGUAGAACUCAUAACAAAAUAUCAGUAUUUAAAUUUCAGAACUGCUGUCUCUCAUCUGUCCAUUCAUUAUUUCAUGCGUAGCAUGAGAAGUGUGCAGCAUUAGCAAAUGUUUUGAGUGAUAGCACUCAACACUCAGGAACUGUGCAUUCUGUAACCUCAUCCUGGGAAAUAAAUGAAACUAGUCGUGUAAGUGACAGUGUACUUAACACUGCAUUACUUUUACUCUCCCUACCUUGUAAGCUUUACUUCACAGUAGAAGAUAUAUUAGUGCAGAUAAAACUGUUCUUAGAGUUGGUGAAAUUGCAACUUGGUUUUUGAUAUUGGACUAAAGAGAUGACUCCUUUUGAAAGCUAUGACCUAGUUGCAGACUUUGUGAACCUGAGACGUGAAUAAAAGAGCAUCAUCUACCUCUGUUGAAGGGAUGUGUCUCCCCAUCUGAAUUUUUAGUACUUGUGCGUAUAUUAUAUGGUCAGUUUCUUUACUCAUAUUGAUUAGUGCACGUAAAAUGGCCAUCUUGAAAUAUGUGAGAUGGAUUUGUAUAAUAUUUUCAACAAGAGAGAGGUGGGUACCAUGACUGCCAUGUUGAACUGAAAAUUAUUUCUGUUGUAUUCUUAACAUUAUGUGGUCACCAGAUUUCAAAGAAUGUUAAGUUUGUAAGCAUCUGUGUAGACAAAUGUACAGUGCUGAUUGAUAUGAAUGUUAUGUCUACAUGCAUUUUACUCACAUGCGUAUGUUUACAUAUACUAUGAUGAUAACACAUAACAUUAAAAUUAUGUCAUUAAAA